AUGCCAACUGUGAUGAUGGCCACACCUAGUCCGUCAGCAAUCGCUGCUGCAGCCGCAGCGGCGGCUGCUGCUGUCAGCAAUCUUAAUGCAACGCCGCAGUAUUUGCCUCCAGUUAAACCACCCGCUUUGAAUAAAGAAAGGCUAGCGCAAAGUGCUGCCCCAAUCAACCCGUCAGAACCUGAAGCUAUUGUAGAUCAAAUACAGGACAGAGGUUUUUGUAAGCCCAACCAAACACCCUUUGUUGAGCAACCAGCUAAACCAUUGCCACCGAGGGGUUUGGAACAACAUGUACCGAUUCCUGAACAUAAUGUAGACAUCAGAAAUAAUACAAAUCCAUCAUUAGACUGGAAUCAACGAAAUGAAGAACUAUCUUUACAAACUGAACACAACGCACCUUUACAAACCGAACAACCAAACAAUCUAUACCGCGAGCCGUUCAGUGGGCCUCCGCAACUGUAUAACGAACAAGAAAACUUUUUGGAAUCAAAGCCAUUUCCCAGGCAUAGAGAAGACAGAGAUUACAGAGAUCAUGAACACAGCGAGCAAUUUAACCGACCUUUCCCUGAAAAUGACCAUUACUAUAAUGGACCUCCUGGUGGCUUCAACAGUGGAUCAUAUGGCCAUCAUAAUCGUCAAAUGAUUCCUAACGAUCAAAUGCAUCCAGGAGAAAGGGGUCGACCAUUUUCUCCUAAUAUGGAGAAAUAUCCUUACGACCGAAGGGGUGAUCGACCUCCACCGAUGAGGCAGAACUAUGAUGAAGAUAGUUGGGGUAGGAGAUGGCCAGAUAACAGAAACACUCCUGAUCGGUUAGACUAUCCCCAGGGUCCGCCUAGACGUCCUCCGCGAGAACACAGGCCGCCACACCCAGAUUUUUACCCUGAUCCUCGACAUCCGCUCCCUCCUAACUUUGUCCCUCCACAUAAACGUCCACCUCCAAUGGGACCUGUUGGUCAACCGCCUGACCAUAUGAGAAAAUAUCCCCGACAAGACCCUUCUCGAAGCAAACCACCAUGGACUGGAUACAGUCGGUGGUAG